AGUGGGUGGGGUCACAGGGAUGAGGGGUCAGAGGGUUAGGACGAGAGCACCCUUCUGGCAGGUUUGUGGUGUCGACGGGAGUGAGCGGGUGGAGAGGGAAAGGCUGAGGGAUGUCCUUGAGGCCCGAGUCGGGCCGCAGUCCUGCGGGUGGUGCGGGCCCUGGGGCAGCUUUUCUGAGGCCACCGGGGGUGCGGAGGCCAGAUCCGACGCUUAGGCCUCAGCUCUGCCCUGUCCCAGGAAAGUGGUCGCAGACACAGAGAGGUGGCGGCCAGGACUGCAUGCUCACCCCCAGGUGGGUGGACACUGAUGGCCUCUGACUCGGCCGGGGCACAGCGAGCGAAGUGGCAGCCAGAUCUGUGGGGAGGAGGGUGCUCCAGGGAGGCUGAGAGCGCAGGGGAGGCAGGGCCGGGAGGCCGGAGGGCUCAGCGGGCAGCUGCUCCAGGGCCGCAGCGCAGGGUUGGGGGAGUUGACAGACUGGCCUCCUUGCGGGUGAGGAAGCGCGGGUGCUUUGCAUUUUCUGAUGCAGCUGGCACGUGGUGGGCAGCUUGCUGAGAGCUGGGCGGGGGACAGUCCACCCGCAGGGCCGGCCACCAGACCACCCCGAGGGUGUUCAGAGAGGGAGGAGAGCUACAGGUGGGGUUGUCCUGACCCUGUGCAGCUGGCCCUCCUGCCUGUCCCCUUGUCGCCUGUCCCCUUGCUGCCUGCACGCUCUCCUGUGCUGGCAGCCGCCCCUGACGAUUCCUCCGCUCUGUGCUCUGCUCUCACCUGGGCUUCCCUUAGAGGGACACGUGGCCAUUUCCCCCAUGAGAAAGUAAACUUCACGGGAGCGGGAGUCACAUUCUGUCCCCUGUGCCUGCGACAGACAGGGAACCGGGGUGGGCGCUCAGACAUUGUCAAGAAAUGCCACAGUGCAUGAGUGAACCGACCGGAGCCUGGCAGGUGCCCGGGGUCCCUGCCCUGUGCCAUCUCAAUGGAUCUAGGUGCCCGACACCCAAUCACCUGGUAGACGUGGUUCAUUGGACCAAAGGCGAAUGAGAAACGGCUUUUCAGAUAAAGAAGUGAGGAAGAAGCUGCAGCCUGAUCUCAGAGCUCCGUGGAAAGUCUCUGACUUAGCAAUACCCUCUGCCCUCCGGCAGCCUCUUAUCUGCUUAGAGGACUUUCAGCACGUUGAAAGGGUGGGAGGAAGCUCAUCUCGUGGAGGCAGUGGUUAGGAAUGCCGAGGGAUGCGGCAGAGCUGGGCAUCAGGUACAUCGUGAUGGGGCACUUGUGACCCAGGGGAGGUCAUAAGCCAGGAGCCCGCACUGACCUGAUGAAAUGGCCAAGUAGACAAGAACAGAGUGAGGAGGAAAGGCCUCUCCGUCAGGUGGAAGGUGGACUGAUAACCUCAGGUGGACGGAUGGCUUUGGACCCAUCACCUUUGGCACCUGCCCAGAGAGCCCAUUCAGGCUCCAGCAAGGUGCUCCUCCGGCCCCGGACAUCCCAGGAGGUGGCUCAAAUCCUCAGGUACUGUCACGAGAGGAACCUGGCGGUGAACCCACAGGGCGGCAACACAGGCCUGGUGGGGGGCAGCACCCCCGUCUUUGACGAGAUCGUCCUGUCCACAGCCCUCAUGAGCCAGGUCCUCAGCUUCCACGACGUGUCAGGGGUUCUGGUUUGCCAGGCGGGGUGCGUCCUGGAGGAGCUGAGCCGGUACGUGGAGGAGCGGGGCUUCGUCAUGCCGCUGGACCUGGGGGCUAAGGGCAGCUGCCACAUUGGGGGCAACGUGGCGACCAACGCGGGUGGCCUGCGGUUUCUGCGAUACGGCUCACUGCGCGGGACCGUCUUGGGCCUGGAAGUGGUCCUGGCCGACGGCACCCUCCUGAACUGCCUGACGUCACUGCGGAAGGACAACACGGGCUAUGACCUGAAGCAGCUCUUCAUCGGCUCAGAGGGCACCCUGGGGGUCAUCACCGCUGUGUCCAUCCUGUGUCCGCCCAAGCCCAGCGCCGUGAACGUGGCCUUCCUUGGUUGUCCUGGCUUCGCGGAGGUGCUGCAGACCUUCAGCACCGGCAGGAGGCUGCUGGGCGAGAUCCUGUCGGCGUUCGAGUUCAUGGACGCCGAGUGCCUGCAGCUGGUCGGGCGCCACCUGCAUCUCACCAGCCCCGUGCAAGAAAGUCCAUUCUAUGUUCUCAUUGAGACCUCGGGCUCUGGAGCAGAUCACGAUGCUGAGAAGCUGAGCAGCUUCCUGGAGCAGGUCCAGGACUCCGGGCUGGUGACCGACGGGACCCUGGCCACCGAUCAGAGGAGAAUCCAGGCGCUAUGGGCCCUGCGGGAGAGGAUCUCAGAGGCCCUGAGCCACGAUGGCUACGUGUACAAAUACGACCUGUCCCUGCCCCUGGACCGGCUCUACGACCUUGUGGACGACCUGCGUGCCCGCCUCGGCCCGAGCGCAAAGCACGUGGUGGGCUACGGCCACCUGGGGGACGGCAACCUGCACCUCAAUGUGACGGCGGAGGCCUUCUGCGAGUCGCUGCUGGGGGCCCUGGAGCCCUACGUGUACGAGUGGACGGCCCGGCAGCGGGGCAGCGUCAGUGCCGAGCACGGCCUGGGCUUCAAGAAGAGGGAUGUCCUCGGCUACAGCAAGCCCCCCGAGGCCCUGCGGCUCAUGCAGCAGCUCAAGGCCCUCCUGGACCCCAAAGGCAUCCUGAACCCCUACAAGAUGCUGCCCACCCGCGCCUGAUGGCCGCUGGGGUCAGCGGGAGGCUGGGGCAGCGGGGCCCUGGUGCGGUCUCGGUUUUGCUGGGGGGGGGCCUGCUGGGCUGGCAUGGGCUCAGAGGGCUUCCGUCCGAUGGAGCCAGCAGCUGGCCAGGUGACCGGCCGGGCGACUCAGGGCAGGAUUCCUCUGCUGGCUCUGUCGAGUGGGUCCUCUCUGCCCGUGCUCUGGGUGGGCUCUGGGCAGGCUGGCGGGUGAGCUGUGCUGCCCGAGCAGAGUCAAGCAGGUGGCCCGGCCUUGCUGUGGUCCUGGGAUCCUGUGGGAAGGGACACGGGGGUCCUGCCCCUGGGCUUCCACACGGCGCGAGCCUCUGAGGGCCUUGUGCAGAGGUGAUGAAGGCUGCGUGGGUGGUGCGGUGCCGUGAGGCUGGUCUACCCGGGCUCUGAUGGACCGAGCCUGGGCCACCCGGCACUUUACAGGCAACUGCUGGUCACCUUUGGAUGCCCCGCCCCGGGGGUGUCCCUUCCCUCGCUUUUUAGAAGGCCCCUUGGUGGGCAGGAUCGUUGUCAGAGCCAGGUGUCAUUCAUUCCCUGGUGCUCUCUGGGACGUGUCCCUGGAGACGAGUUCUUGGGCUCUGCCACCAGGUGCUGGGUGGCGGAGCCGCCGGGUGCGAGCUUGGCAUCAGUUACCCGAGCGGUCGUCCUGCGGGCCUUGGCCUCUGGGCCAGUUGCUGGGGCUGCGGAUGGAUGCACGCGGGCGGGGAGCGUGGACACGUCCUCUUUUUCUGGCUGCCACGAACUUCCAGUAAAAUGGGAAUUAGUCACGA